AAAGAGAGUAGGUAAGCGGAUAGAUAUAAGGACAACCUACUUUAUUGGAAUUAUUAGUUUGUUCUAUGAUCCACAUCGGAGACAACUAUUAGAAUCUACAAAUUGACGUUUUAUCAUGAAAAUAAAAUUGUCACAACUUAUUUUAAUUUUAACGACAUUGUUGGUUACUAUAUCUCAAGGAUUCCUUUUCGGAUUUCCUAGGAAUGUAUUAAGAGAUUUUUUGCAAUUAUUAAAGGAAAGGAAAGAAGUAAAGGAAAAUCUUCAUAUAGAUCAUUAUCAUAUGUAUUAUUAUCCAAUAGAAUAUUCAAUAUUUGAACCACGAUUAAAAGCACCUAAAAAAUACGAAUUAGAAGAAAUACAUAACAAUCAUUUGGCAACACUUGGAUGGUCUAAUCAUAAAUAUAAAUAUAUUCCUGAACCCAAAAUUAAAAUUUCUUCUAGUUUAUAUGAUUCGUGGAAACAAUCUGUGUUCUGGAAUCAUGAAAGUUUUGAUUGAUACGCGUAGAUAUAUACAAUAUUUAUUUUAUUUUUCAUUAU